AUGAGGAGUGGCGGUGGUAAGUACUAUACGGUGGGGGAUUACAUGGUGGGGAGGCAAAUAGGGUCGGGUUCAUUUUCAACGGUUUGGCAUGCGCACCACCGCAUUCACGGAACCGAGGUGGCAAUUAAGGAAAUUGACACGGCCAAGUUGGAUUUGAAGCUACAACAGAGUCUCAAGUCGGAGAUAUUCAUCCUAAAGAAAAUCAAUCACCCUAACAUCAUUCGUUUGCAUGAUAUGAUCGAGGAACCUGAUAAGGUAUAUAUCAUUUUGGAGUACUGCAAAGGGGGUGACCUAUCAAUGUAUAUUCAACAACACCUAGGAAGAAUCCCUGAAGUAACUGCAAAGCACUUUAUGCAGCAACUUGCGGCAGGUCUUAAAAUUCUGCGUGAAAAUGACCUUAUACAUCGGGAUUUAAAACCCCAGAAUCUUCUCCUUUCCACUGAUGAUGAAAACGCUGUUCUGAAGAUUGCUGAUUUUGGGUUUGCUAGAUCUCUACAACAUAGAGUUCUUGCAGAAACCUUUUGUGGUUCGCCACUAUACAUGGCUCCUGAAAUAAUGCAACUCCAGAAGUACGAUGCAAAGGCAGAUCUGUGGAGUGUUGGUGCCAUUCUAUUUCAACUUGUCACGGGGAAGACUCCAUAUACAGGAAACAAUCAGAUACAGCUGCUUCAGAACAUUAAAAAAUCGACUGAAUUGCAAUUUCCUCCAGAGGCGAAAAAUUUGAGUCCUGAUUGCAUGGAUUUGUGUAGGAAAUUGCUGCGCCGUAAUCCAGUGGAGCGGUUGACAUUUGAAGAAUUUUUCAAUCAUCUCUAUCUUUCUCAGAGGCAACCUCAUGAUUCAGUCAGGAAUAAGCAAUCUGCAAGAGCAGUAUAUGAUUUCCCUUUUUCUGAAAGGAACCAAGAAGAUGGUUCACAGGAAGAUUGCUUGCCCUUCAGUCUAGACGAUGAUUCCAGCAGGCUUCAUUCUCACCCAUCUACGUUAAGGACGUCUCCCAUGAGAUCCACAUAUGGAUUUUCUCUUGAUUUAAAACCUGAUAAGAGGGAAGUUUUUAGUCUUUCAAACAAAGCGGAUUCUAUUUCCAACUUUAAUAGUACCCCACGUAAAACAGAAAUUACAGGGUCCAGUCUUGGCAGCCGUCGACUUUCAGAGGGAAACCUGAAAGGAUCUCGUAAAACCUUGGACUUCAGGCAACUAAAUACUGUCCCAAAAGAUGUGGAUUCAUUCGAGUCAAUAGAUCAGGAAUAUGUCCUCGUGCCUGGUCCCCCUACAGACUUAUCAUCUUCUGCACAUGCUUCUAUGCUAAGUCAUUUGCCAUCUAAAUCUGCAACUGGCAGAGUCGACUACACUGGAAGCCUAGAAAGUCGCAGCUCCGCUCCUGGGACUUCACAAGGGUCAAUGGAUUCAGGAGACACUUUUGAAAAGCCAUCAACUGACUUCAUGACAAGGAUCAAGUCAUUGCAACGUUGUGCAUCUGCCAUCACUGAUUUAGUGAGGGAGAAGAUUGAGGCAGGAAAACAACUGGAAGCAUUUUCAAUUCAGUUUCUAACUCUUGCUAUAUGGAAGCAAGCAUUGUAUAUUUGUCAUACUCAUGCUGCAUCAGCUACUGAAGGAAGUCCAAUCCAAGAGACUAUAAAAUUGAAGGAAAUCUCUAAGAUAGAAAGAGCAUUUGUUCAUGAAGUUGGGUAUGCGGAAGAACUUGCUAAAGUGAUAGAACCUGGAAAUACGGACUUGCCAGACGCAAUGGAGCUGAUAUAUCAAUCUGCCCUUGCUUUAGGCAGGCGUGCGGCUGUAGACGAGUACUUCAGAGAUGCAGAAAACGCACUGAUUUACUAUUCAAAAGCGGUGUACUUAUUAGUAUUUAUUCUAGUGGAAGCACCAUGCCUCAUUCUGAAUCCUCCGUUCUCUCUAACGAACACAGAGCGGUGUAGGACUCGGAAUUACAUUGAUGCCCUUAUUAACAGGGAGAAUAUUUUGCGAAGGAUGGCUCUUUUCAAGAAAAAGGAUUCUCUUUGGGUGAAGUGGGUUAAUCAGUUUUUCUUGCGUGGGGCCGCAAUCUGGGAUUACACGGGGAAAAAAGCUGAUUCUCCUUUGAUUAAAAAGAUUCUGGAUAUAGCUGGGCAGAUUUUGCAGCCUCAUAUGCGGCCGACAAAUGGUGAAAUUGGCACAGUUCACGAAUCUGAGUGGUUUGAACAGCAACAGGCAGCAGUGAAUGGGCAUAUUUCACGUGCACAGGCUGCUGCGCAAAUUCUGGAUAGCUGGGUCCAGACUACUGACGAAGGAUAA